CAGACUCUUUUUAAUAAGGAACGACAGAUCUACUUCCUUCUGAAAAAUAUCAAGCCGUUCUUGAUUCGCAGAUCUGUUACCCAAUACUAUCAUGGAUUGUUCGAAGAAUAUCAAACACGAGAACCCCAGCUCUGGGGCUUUCGGUACCCUACCGUUCGAGAUGGUUAUGGAGAUCAUGUGCCACCUAAACAUUAAAGGCCUACAGGCAAUGAUUCUAUCAUCCUCACAUUUUUACAAUAUCUUCAAGAAGGUUGAAAAAAUCAUUCUUUACCAUGUUCUAGCAAACGAACUCGGCCCUGACAUCUUCCCCGUCGCAACGCUACAUUACGCCUGCUCGGAAGCAAGCUUAAUAACCGACGCGGCAAAGGCAGUUGGCAGGUCUCUUAUCCCAAGACCAGCUCUCAAGCUUGAUUACAACGACCAGGAGCUAGGAUACGUCGAUGUGAGGAGGUACCGGAUUCCGAAGUACGCUUGUACUCCAGCCGCCGCCCGCAAGAUUCUCUCGGUUUACAAGCAAAUCGAGCGAACGAUAGAGGACUACGAGAAAUUCACACAUAGGGUAUUUACAAGCUGGGGUCGCAAAGAUUAUCGAUACCCCGGUUUCACGGGUCCAGAGAGCCUCCAGAUGCGGCUGGCCCUAUACGCAGCUGGUUCGGCAAAGCUACUCUGUCCGGAAGAAUACCAAUUUGAUGAGGACGAGGACGAGGAGUGGACGACAGUCUAUUUUCAUUGGGGUAACCCGGAUUGGAUUAUCCUCGGUAAAGACCCCGAGAACGACCCCCCUUUUCAGAUCGUCUCGGUCCCUGGGGUGGAUGAGCUAUUGUCAGGCUUCCGUCCCUUACCUUUGCCUCUAGGAGAUAAUCAAUAGAUGCCUGAGUCGAAAAUAUGUAUGAUGGGAUGGUGUGAGGCGGUUAAGUUCUCGACUUGACAACGUUCAUCCUUUGCUGACUGAGCGGCCUGGUUCUCAUAUCCCAAACUAUUGCUGUUAAUAUGACCACGGAUGGAGCACCACAGUUAAGAGGAUACGCAGGUAGUUCCAUUCACUUGGAUUUUCAAUGGAAAAUUGUCCUUUAUUAUAAAAC